AUGCAGCAGCCUGUACAAAUAGUCCAGCAGCCAGCACCAACGACACAACAGCGGGGAGUGAGGAAAGGAUUUGCACAUAAAACAAUCAAUUUGAUGAUAGUGAGUGGCAGUAUUGGGUGUGGGAAUGGUUACAAGAAGAGCAACUGCAUGAUCAUUGCCAACAUGGUCCUAUUAAUCAUAACUGCUGUGUUCGCCGGAACAGUAUUGUUACCAGUUUCUGCAGUAGGUAUUGCUCGUGAACGGGCAACUUGUGUUGCAUCACAUAGUAUUAAUUUGGUUAUAUCGAUUAUAGUUGCCAUUAUUGCUAUAAUUGGCGCUAGUCUCUGUUGUCGUGCAGUUUGCUGUAGACAUGGAUCAGAAAGAGCUAUGUACUUUGUACAAUCUGGUCAACCAGGUAAUGCAUCCAUCCAGUAUCCUAUGGUAGCUACUGCAACACCGCAGGGUGCACCGAUGGUUUACAUGAUGCCAGCUACAGGAAUGCAAUUAAUGACGUCACAAGGUAUACAACACCAGCCUAUGAUGGUUGUUCCUGGCUAUAACUAUCAGCAACAACACCCAGGACCACAGCCAAUGCCACAGCAACAAACAUAUGCUGUACAACAACCAGGACCACAAGGCCAACAAAAUGCUGAGUCAGGCAUGGAGGCAUCGUUUCGUCCACCUUCCUACUCCAGCACUCCGAAUGCAGUGGCCGAGAAAGACAGUACCUUUAUGUAGUGAAUAUUGGUUGAUGGACUACAGUGGUAUCACUUAAAUGAUGGUGUAACAGAGAAUUAUAGUUUCCAUAGAAUAUACAAUGUAACCCAGAGUUUAAUAUGACUGUCUUAUGAUAUGAGUGGUUGUUCAUAUUUUUAUAUACCGG